CAUUAUCAAAUGAAUCCAACGACGUUUACUUGUUCUGGUGCAUAAAGUCACCACGGGGUCACGUUGAUGUGAGUAACGUCAGCUCCACCGGGAACAACCGGACUGAGGCUGCAGCUGCCUGUCAAACAGCCUCCUACUGACUGGCAGCAGCUUUCAAGGAAAAGAUGGCGACGCGAGUCCUUCAGAGAGUGGGCAGAGGCCUUAACCAGACGGGACACGGGCUCCGGAAUAACGGACAGGUCACAGUUGUUGUGAGGAGCCUCUCAGGUUUCCGCGAGGACAGCUGGUUCAAGUCUCUGUUUGUUAGAAAGGUCGACCCCCGAAAAGAUGCUCACUCUCAUCUGCUCGCCAAGAAGGAAGACAACAAUCUGUACAAAAUACAAUUUCACAAUGUCAAGCCUGAGUGCCUUGAUGCCUACAAUGAACUUUGUGCGGACGUCUUGCCUUCCAUUCAUGCUGACCCUGAAUACCCUUGUGAGCUUGUGGGCACCUGGAACACAUGGUACGGAGAGCAGGAUCAGGCAGUUCACCUGUGGAGAUAUCGGGGAGGAUACCCGGCUCUCACCGAAGUCAUGAGCAAACUCAGGCAGAAUAAGGAGUUUACAGACUACAGGAAAGAGAGGGGGAAGAUGCUGCUGUCUCGUAGGAACCAGCUGCUGCUGGAGUUCAGUUUCUGGAACGAACCUGUCCCUCGUCCAGGACCCAACAUCUAUGAGCUCCGAUCGUACCAACUCAGGCCCGGGACGAUGAUCGAGUGGGGAAAUUACUGGGCGCGUGCGAUUGAGUUUCGCCAGCAGAAUCAUGAGGCAGUGGGAGGCUUUUUCUCACAGAUUGGAAGUCUGUACACGGUGCACCACUUAUGGGCUUACAAAGACCUUCAGUCCAGAGAAGACACAAGAAAUUCAGCCUGGCAGCAUGAUGGCUGGGAUGAGGUUGUUUAUUACACAGUGCCUCUUAUUCAGCACAUGGAAUCUAGAAUAAUGAUUCCCAUGAAGAAUUCGCCCUUGAUGUAACCACAAACACCGCGGGAACCUCUCAACAGCCACUGCAACUGUCGCACUGAUCUGUGGGGAGUGUAACCAACCAUCAGUUGGUGCACUGCCAGGGAAAUCUGCAUAACAUCAACAUGUUUUUUCAGUUUUUGUUUUCUUGUUUGUUUCUUCACUCCAUUUUUCUUUUUGGGCCUAGAAUGUCUUAUUUCAGAUGAUGAGGUUAAAAUGGUUAUUACCAAAACAGUUACUGAUUGAUUAAUGUGCUUUAUGGAGACUAAAUAUCAUUUCACAUGCCCCUCCUCUUCACUCUCUAUCUCUGUCUAUCUUUUGAAGGGUCAUAUUUUGGAAGGCUUGUCUUCUUAUUUUUUUGAUGAUUUAAAACCAUCAGUGUAUGUAUAAGUGUGAUACCAGGAAUAGAUCAAACAUUUAGCUGUUCUAGUGCUGGCCACAGGGGCUGAAAAUGUCUGAAGGUCUUUCAGAAAAUGACUUGUAAGCUCCGUUGCACUAGCCUUGAUAACAAAUCAAACAAAGGUAACUGCUUCCAGUAUCUCACAACAAAAACACUGCCUCCAGAACUCACAGUUUGGUAUCAAUAUGAACUGGAUACACUUUGUUUAAAAGUUACAGGUGAUCGACAUUUUUACAAAGAGGAGCAUGCUGUUUAUAAAUCAGUGUUCUGAAACGGUGGAGCUGAUUGUCACAGAUAGAAGCCUUUAUUGUAGGGCCACAGGCAGAGGCUAGCUUUAUAUUCAGUAAGUAUACCCGUCAAAAAGUGACUUGAUGUUUACAUGGCUUUGUUCUAGCCAACUGAUUACUGCGUGUACCAGUUAUUUGUUUCAAAAUAAUUUGGCUGGGUGAAAGUAUUCAUAACAACACUGUUAUGAAGACACACGGAAAUUAAAGUUGACUGACAAACCACAAGUGUCAGACUAGUCAGAACAGUGAGCCAGACUUUGAGCUAGUCCACAGUCGUUUCAUAUCGGCCGGAUACGUGACUACAAUGUCCAGUUCUUGCGUUGAAGUUGUGGUGAAUCGGCCGAAGGUGUCAUUUUCCCAGAUAAACUGACCCUGUCUCUAUUAUUUUCUUAAUUUAACAUCAUGAUUCUCCCGGCUCUUCCAGCUGUUGAGAGGGGGACAAGAUGAUUCAAAUGAUUAGACAAUGUUUUUGUUAUCUGCAGAACUAAUCAGUAACUAGAAACUGCUGUACACUGACUAGUUUGACUUAUCCCUCUGUCAAGAAAUGAAUUCAACCAGGUGAUUGUGUGCUCUAACUGAGAUUAAUGGGUUUUAUAAACGGUCAGAUUGUAGAUAUACAUAGUGGGUUUAUUGACCAAGCCAGAGAUAUGGUCAAUUCUGCAACUGUUAAUGAAUCGGGGUAUUCUAAACCAUCUGAUGACAAGUGGACAGGAGGAGAGGAGGAAUAUCCCAAUGUGGUAAAUGUGAAUUGCAGUGCUUUAAUGAGAUUAGUUGUACAUAUUGAUUAAACCUCUGAUAAAAAAA